UGAAAAGAACGUCACUUCCGGAGGUUCCGCGUGGAUUAACUUGUUCGUGCUUCUCCAGUAUGGCCGAGUAUUCAGGCCCUGCGAAGCCGACUCUGGCGUUGAACCCGCGGGAGGACUCGCAGUUUGAGAAGGAUCUGACGCAAAUACAACGGCGCGCGAAAAAGCAGAAGAAGGAAGAAAAACUUAACUCUGGAGUAGUUUAUCUGGGGCACCUACCUUCAACGCUCUCUGAAAGCCACAUCUAUGACUACUGUGCCCAGUUUGGCGAUAUUAGAAGAUUCAGAUUGUCCAGAAGUAAGCGGACUGGAAACAGCAGAGGCUUUGCCUUUGUGGAGUUUGAGUCUGAGGAUGUUGCCAAGAUAGUUGCAGAAACAAUGGAUAACUACCUUUUUGGUGAAAGGCUUCUAUCAUGUAAAUUUAUGCCACGAGAAAAAGUUCAUAAAGACCUUUUUAACCAGUGCAAUGUUCCGUUUCAUCCGCCAUCAUUUCCAGCAGUGAAACGCUAUAAUCAGAAACGAGGACAUUUGCAGAUGUUAAAGAUGGAAUAUCGGUUUAAGAAGAAGGAAAAAUUACUCAGGAAGAAACUAGCUAAGAAGGGUAUUGAUUAUAGUUUUCCUUCACUGGUCCUUCCUAAGCCAAAGAAAGAGAUUUCAAGCAUUGCUAACACUCAUGGGGAUUCUGAGGCUAACCAGGAUCCCACGCCAGUUUGUACACCAACGUUUUUGGAAAGACGGAAAUCACAGUUGAUGGAAAUCAAUGACGAUGAUGAAAUCAUUUUGAAACUGCCUGUGUCACCAGUGAAAGAAGACACACAAAAGACUCCAGCACCUGAAAGCUCUGGGAAAAAAAGACUGAGAAAAAGGAAGAGCAAGCAGUGAUCCUGACAGCGUUCUAUGCACUUAGUUCUAGUCAUAUAUGAUCUCGUUGUGUUUUGCUAAGUGUGGUGACAUGCAAACAUGGACAGGACUGUUGGAGUAAGAAUACAUGUUUGAUUUUCCAGUGAGGAAAGCCACCAGGGAACUGGCUGUUUUGCCCUUUCCUGUCCUGAAUUUGUCUUCAGGCUUCGUGGCUCCCUUAAGUUUACUAUCCUUAUGAAACUCAGGCUUAACUACCCCCAGGAGUCUUUAUGGCUGCUGGGUGCUGUUUGGACUGUAUGUGGUUGUGUAUAUAAAAAAAACCCAAAAAAGUGUGUCCGGCUUCAACCUCAGGCAUCUGAAACUGUAAGUUAAAUCCAGAGAGUGAGAGGGCAGUCCAGGUGCUGAGGAGGAAUCUGAAAUGACUUGUUCUCACCCACAGUUAAUUGCAGCUAAGCUAGUGUGUAGGUUUCACAAAUCGGCUUCAGCGGUUGUAUUGAAGAUUCAACGGUGACCAAACUUUUCUGCAGUUUGUGUACAAGAGAACCUAAGAGCUUGUGGGGAUAAUUCUAAAAAAGUCUCCAUCUUUCUAUGCUUUUGUUUUGCUAAUUUGGGUUUGUUGAAUAUACCUAUCAAUCACCA